CCCAUCAUUGUGUCAGUGGGAGGAAUAGUGUCCCAUCAUUGGUGUCAGUGGGAGGAAUAGUGCCCCAUUCAUUGGUGUCAGUGGGAGGAAUAGUGCCCCCUCAUUGGUAUCAGUGGGAGGAAUAGUGCCCCGUCAUUGGUGUCAGUGGGAGGAAUAGUGCCCCAUCAUUGGUGUCAGUGGGAGGAUAAUGUGCCCCAUCAUUGGUAUCAGUGGGAGGAAUAGUGCCCCCAUCAUUGGUGUCAGUGGGAGGAUAGUGCCACCAUCAUUGGUGUCAGUGGGAGGAAUAGUGGCCCCAUCAUUGGUGUCAGUGGGAGGAAUAGUGCCCCCCAUCAUUGGUGUCAGUGGGAGGAAUAGUGCCCCAUCAUUGGUGUCAGUGGGAGGAAUAGUGCCCCAUCAUUGGUGUCAGUGGGAGAAUAGUGCCCCAUCAUUGGUGUCAUGGGGAGGAAUAGUGCCCCAUCAUUGGUGUCAGUGGGAGGAAUAGUGCCCCAUCAUUGGUGUCAGUGGGAGAAUAGUGCCCCAUCAUUGGUAUCAGUGGGAGGAAUAGUGCCCCAUCAUUGGUGUGUCAGUGGGAGGAAUAG